UCCAUCGAAGGUUUCCUCAUGAGGUGUUGAGGUUUUGAUUUCCAAGAACUAUAAAAAUGUUUUCAAAAUUUACUAUUGGCUGUUAUCUAAUAACACUAGCUGUCCUAAAUGCAGUACCGUCUACAGAAGCUACUUUUGACAUAAUCUAUGAUUUGUUCGAUUCGCUGUUCGGAAGCGAUGAAGAAGAAAGCAGUGAGCAUGUUAUCAACAUUACAGGAAACACCACGGUAAAGGUAAUAUGCGAUGAAAAAUGUGAAAUAAUGUGCAUCAAUUGCACAAAAGUCAACGGAGAACCGACGUCAACUACAACGGGAAUGCCCUCCGCACCGGUAACAACAGUGGCACCGACAUCGGCGCCUACAACAGCAUCUAUUCCGACGACCACAACGGCACCGACGACGACAGUGGCACCGACGACAACAACGGCACCGACCACAACAACGGCACCGAUGACGACGACAACGGCACCGGCAACGUCAUCGACAACGACAAUGGCAUCCGAUGAAGAGACCAGCGCUAACGGGAUGGAUAUGCGAUGAAAAGGAAGGAAGUGAUAAGUUUAAUUAAAUUACAAUCAAACCCAGAAAUAGGGUUUAGUGAUAAUUUCCGCCAUAGUAAGGAAAACCAUUUCAAUUUUCAGCGUGUUUUUGGAUGGGUUUUGACGAAUAAUCGGAAAGCUCUUGAACUGAUUUGACGCAAGCACACUUACCUUCCGAUCCGUGCAGUGUAAUUUCACUAAAAAGCGAUUAUUAUGAGCAUUUUAUUGAAAUUACGCAACUGACUUUAUUUUAAAUUCGUCGUACCAUUUUUAAACCCGUCCAUCCAAAUUUUCCUUCGCCCGAACCUAGGACCGAACCAAUAAUCACAAUAAUGCAUGUACCAGGGGGUUUCCAGUUAGGCAUAUAACUGCGUAGAAAUCAUGGAUUAUUUUUGUAAUCUUCUAUGUCUUAAUUACGUAAUCAAUGGUAAUCAAUAUAAUAAUCUAUACAUAUAAAAGUGAGCGUGAGUAUGUUUGUAUGUAUGUUCAGAGGCGUAGCGUGACAUUGUGGAGCCCUUGGCGGAAACCCAAUUUGACGCCUCCUCAUUUUUUAAAUCAGGGCUCGUUCCAGGUUUAUUACUUUUUCGUAUUCGCAAACCCAUGGGUAUAAACGUCCUGUUGAUAGCAUGACUCUUCUUUAUCGACAGACUUCGCAGCCGGUUAUUAGAGUACAGGGCAAUUACGGGGCUAGUGCAACGAUCCUACUGACUCUGUAGCAGCAACUCCCAGCCGAGAUUCGAACUUACGACGACAGGCUUGUUACGCCAGUUAGGGCGGGGUCGUAUUCACCCCAUAUCCAAUA